CAACUCCAUUUCAGAUGGAGACCACUGUGCAGUGAAGAUGCUAUGGCGUUGAGAUGAGUGAUUUCCUGGACAAAUUCGGGGUCUUCAGCGCCUUUCAUUAUGAUGGCUAACAUCCCCGCGGAACUAAGUCGUUUCUGUAACUGUACAAAACGCCUUAAAACAAUUCUCAGUGAUACCAAGCGAUGUUUUAAUGAUAUAAACGAGGAUGGUCGACACGAAGUCGGACAACUUUUUACCGUGGAACUUCUCCAGGAGGAAGAGGAGGAGGUUUUGUCGACGGCCACCAAACCCCCAGGGAUCGUGAUCCUCGGUCAGAACAUCUACACCAAAGGUCGACUCAUCAACGAAAUCUUCAACAGAAGCCUGUUUCCUCUAGAAUACAGUGAAUCUGAAAAAAAUGGCAAUUACCGGAUGGUGCGAUUUAAACACGGACACAAUUUAUCUGUUAGUCUCCAACUUCCGGAUGAUUAUGACCUUGUGGAUAAUCUGGAAUCAUAUAAAGGACCCUGGAAGACGAUUCCAAGGAAAGAUUUAGAGAUAAACGAUAAUGAGAUUGGGGACACCGCUCUUGGACUAGCUUUGUUGGAGGUGAAUUUGAAUCAUGUUCUCCUUCGACAUGGAGCCAGGGUAAUUGUGUCCCCCUCCUCCCCCCACUGUGAUAUAAGGAGGGUGUAUGCUGACUGUGUAGAGGAAGUGUCCCCCAUUCUUAUCUACUGCUACGAGGAUGAGAUUCUUCCAGAAAAGGAUGUACAGAUUUUAAAGGAACUUUCCAAUGUCAGCCAUUAUCAGCCAGUCUGUUUUGUCAGAGUUCCUCCCCCUGGUCAAAAAAACUAUGAUCUGGAUCCACCAGAUGGCGCUCCUACCAGUCAGGAGGAAAUCCAGAAGAGGCAACAAAGAGGAGCAACUCAGGAAAAAGACAGUUAUAAUCUUAGUUCUAGUGUUGAUGAACCUGUGUAUAGGGUCAUGCCAGAACCUAAUUAUACAAAUGUGCCAAAAGAGAUUACAAGAAAAAUUCAGUCAAAUUCGGAAGUGUUUAGACAAUUGUGUAAAAUCGGUUACCUGAAUGAUUCGCCAGGUGUCCGAAGCAUGCGACAUACAAUCACUUCAGAUUAUUAUGAAGUUGACAGUGAAUUUGUGGAAAAUUUUGAGCUCUUUCCUCAGAAAUUCCUACAAUUUGUGCAACAGAUUCUUCAACGGUAUUUAGUGAACUCAUCCACUGUAUUAAACAAUUCUCAUGCUCGCUGUCUCAACAUGUUCAUCAUAUCCGCCUUUGACAUGGCCAGGGACAUGCUAAUUACCCCAAAAAAGCUAGAGUUUGCCAGAGAAAAGGAAACAGAGCUUUUUAAACAAUUAAUGGCCAUAGCUGUUGAAAAGGGGGAUGAAAUCAGGAAAAUGAUCGCUGAGACAAUCGGUGACAUGAGGGAUCAGUUGAUCAGAAAGGCAGAGGAGUACGAAUUUCUAGGUGUAGAUUUUAAUGCAGAAGGAGAGAUUUUGACUCAGAAAGGCCUGAAGAUCUGUACGUACCAGAUACAGGAACUAGUUCUCGGAGCCCUAAACCAAGCUGUAGCCAACAAACUGAUGGAGUCUAUAGAUAUACUAAGAGACUCUUAUACAGGUACCCUUAGACGAUGUCUGGAGAGUUUAGAGAGGAUAGACAAAACGGACGGCAAUGAGUCAGGGACAACAAGCGAGGCACUCAAACAGAUUAUGAACUCAGCCUACCAGGUAGAGAUAAGUCUUCAGUCAAGUUCCUCUCUGAUCAGGGUCAUAUUGGAGAGGAUGAAACAGCUUGUACAGUCCAUGCCAUGGAGUACACAGCCAAAGAUAGACAUAGAGUGGAAGAGGAAGGCAGCCUCAGACAUGUUAAGCAGUCUCAGUGAAGCCAGAUUGGCCAAGAGUAUCUCUAGUCAGAUCAAAGAGAGGCUGAAUAAAUCCCAUGAUUCUUUCGCUGCUGCCCUUAAACAGUUGGAACAGAAACAUUCCGGGAGGUUAGACAGGAUAGAGGAGGGGCGAUUAAAACUCCGCAAAGUUCAUGCUCCUCGUGUGGCUAAGGUGGCCCUGGAGAGCACCUCUCUGAUGGAUGUCAUACUGCAUGGCAUGCCACAGAUGGGUCGUGAGAUAGGACGAGGACAGUACGGAGUUGUCUACUCCUGCGACUCUUGGGGAGGUUAUUCCCCUUGUGCCAUAAAAUCAGUUGUUCCCCCUGAUGACAAACACUGGAAUGAUUUAGCAUUAGAAUUCUACUAUACCAAAAACAUUCCUCACCAUGACAGAAUUGUGGCCCUCCGUGGGUCAGUGAUAGACUACAUGUAUGGGGGAGGGAGCACCCCCGCUGUUUUACUUAUCAUGGACAGACUGCAGAAGGAUCUGUACGGGGCAAUCAAACAGGGACUGGACUGGUUGUCAAGGAUCGUUGUGGCUAUAGAUGUAGUGGAGGGGAUCCGAUUUCUUCACAGUCAGGGGUUGGUACACAGAGACAUCAAACUAAAAAAUGUACUGCUUGACAAGGAAAACCGUGGGAAGCUGACGGAUCUAGGAUUCUGUAAGCCAGAGGCUAUGAUGAGUGGGAGUAUUGUGGGCACGCCCAUUCACAUGGCUCCAGAGCUUUUCACUGGGCGCUAUGACAAUAGUGUGGACGUGUACGCCUUCGGUGUUCUGUUCUGGUAUGUCUGUGCUGGAAAUGUCAAGCUCCCUGGUGCAUUUGAACAGUGUGCAAAUAAAGACCAACUGUGGACAAAUGUCAAAAAAGGACUAAGACCAGAAAAGCUGGCAGUGUUCGAUGAGGAAUGCUGGAACUUGAUGCAGGAGUGCUGGAAUGGAGACCCUAUGAGGCGCCCUCUACUGGGCAAUGUGGAAAAGAGGCUUCAGGACUUACAUGCAACUUAUAAAAAAUCCCAAGCCACCAAAGAAAAAGCACAACAAAGCAAACAGAUAACAAGGAGAAUUCCCUCCAGUGGAUCAAGAACUCAGUUUUGUUGCCAUCCAGAUUUUGUGGAGUCAGGCAGUUUUGAUGAAUAUCCUUAUGUUGAAAUUGAGGAGGAGCAUUUACAUUAAAACUGUUCAUUAAAAAUUCAUUUUUGAAAGUUCAAGGUUUAUUGGUGUAAUAUACCACUGCUUAAUAAAUUUUGGUUGUAAACAUUAUGCUUAUUAAGGCUCCAUUAAGGAGUGCCAGAUAGCACCAUUUUCAAAAUAUUUUAAAAUAGUUAUGAUUAAAAGAGCAUUCAAUAAAAUAGUGAUCUCUUAGAACAUUAACUUUGUCAAUCAUGGAGGGAAAAUAAUAUGCUUCUAAUUAUUAUGGAACUUGAUUUAGUGGUGUAAAAUUUAAAUACAUGUACUUCCGAUACCUGAUUUAGAAAUAAAGAAAUAUUUAUUGGGUGUUAAAUUUUCAUCUGAAUUAAUCAUUUUCAUCAUUUUCAGCCUCUUGUAUUAUUUAUGCUGUAUUUAUUAAAUUGUGUCUGAUCAUAUGAACUAUUUCUGCAUAAUGGACAAUUACUGUGCAAUUUUCAAUUGUUUUGAAUAUGAAACAGUUAUAUUUUAUGUGCCUUAUAGUUGUAUAGACUGUUAAACAGUUGGGGAUUUUGAAAUAUGUACGGUACUUUCGUAUGUUUGUAUCUUUUUGUGAGAUUUUCCAUAAACAUAUAUCUUGAGAUAGAUCUAGUGUUUGGUACAUUGUUUAAUUUAGUCUUGCAAAAAGGGUUGUAUGGAAGUUGUCAAUUUUUUUGUAUUUACACAUUAAGUGUAGUAAAAAUCGGUUAUUAAGAAAUUUCGGUUGUAAGGAAUUCUUUCUAUGAUUCCCUGAAUCCCUUGGGCGACUUAUUUACCAAGUUUUACUGUGCAAUAUAUAUAUAAUAGUCUAAUACCUAUCAAUAUCAAAUAUCACCCAAAUUUGCUUUUAAGAACAAAUGAUAAAGUGAUCUGUAUUCUAAUUUGUCCACAAGAAAACGGAGAAAUUUAAGUUUUAGUUAUUGAAGUGUUGGUACUUAUCUAGAUUUCCACUACUGAAACAUUACAAUCUUUAAAUAUGUAUUGAAAGAAUCAUUUUCUUUAAAAUUAUCACAUGUAAAUAAUAUGUAAAUUUUCAAUCAUCCAGUCAUCUUCACAUGUAAAUUAUUUUUUACGUAUAAACCUGUAUAAUUUUAUAUGCAUGUGUACAUAUCUUUGAGAUUUAAAUCAAUGCAAUCAACAUUGUAAUAAUGAGAACAUGAAAGUACUUGAAAUUGAAAAUAUGCGUUGCAAAACAUGUAAGUAGUUUUGAAAUGCAUAUAGCCCAUUGAACUUGAUUAUAAUAUUUAUACAGUUUACAGACAUGCAAUCACAAAUACUUUUAGUGUUACACAUUUGUUUGGUGUAUCUUAAAUGCAUGUAGUUCUGGCCUUGAAUUCAUGAAAUAAAUGUAGUGUAUCGUUGAACUUUCAAAAUUUCAGUCAAUGCUUAUAAGCAGCGAACUAAAAUUAUCCACUAUAAUUUGGAUUUCUUGAUGAUAAAAAUAAAUAAACGUGUUUAAUGUUUCAUGAUCCCAAAGCCGGAAAUAGAGUACUGUUUUUAGACGAAGUUGUAAUAUAUUUGGUUGUUUAUAAAAUCAUUCCUGUAAAUUAUGUAAUAUUUUUGUUAAAUUUUAAGACGCGUCUCAUCAAUGUACGAGAAGUAUUUGUUAUGAAACUUAAAUUGUUAUCAAAUACUACGUUAUGUUAUGUUUUGUGUCAUAGAUGUGAAUAUUGCACCAUUAAAAAAAUUGAAUAAAAAUGAAUAAUUUGAAAA